AUGUCAACUCUAACAAGUCGAGCAGAGAAGCUACUCUCAGACCCCUCUCCUCCAGUAUUGGAGCUUCUAGAGCUACAACGAGAUUUAUUGGCGAUUGACGACGAGAUUACAUACUGGGCGUAUGACCGACCCCCUAGCUGGAAUCCAGAAGUGGUUGGGGAAGUCGGGAUGGAUCCAGCAAUAUCAGAGGAAUCCUUAUUCUAUUGUGCCGGCCCAGUUGAGAAGUACUUCGAUAUAUACGUCGCAACUGCAUGGAACUCAUGGCGUUCAAUACAUGUCAUCUAUCUGGACCACCUCAUAGACGUUGCCAAUUCCCUUGGACAAUACGAGCUUGUUCCUCUAUAUAAAGAGCGAAUUGACGAGCUGGCUUCGGGGAUCAAGGCUUCCAUUCCAUUCCAUCUCUACCAAGACGUUGAGAUCUACAUCCAGCAAGCAAAUGCUGGGACUCCCCUUGUUCACUCAGACCGGCUGGUCGGAGGUCUACUGCUUCUCCAUCCUAUGUAUGCUCUAGCUCGCUGCACCAUUGUCGAUGACUCAACCAGAAAGUUCAUGUCUCAAACUCUGAGGUGGAUCGGUGGUGAGAUGGGAAUUCGACAUGCGAUCAUUUUGGCAGAUGGCCUUCAGCCUGAUAUGCAAGGACCUUCUGCGAUGCAGAACUCCCAAAUCUCCUUCAUCGACGCACUCGAUGGGCAUUUCCUGAUUACCGCGAGUAUGAUGUUAGAGCCUCGAUAG